AUGAGUGAAGAAAUGAAGAUGAGUAUUCCUGCGAUUCCACCUAAUUUAUUCAUUUCAUCUGAUAUUCGUCGUCGUCGUUCCUUUGAACCUUACAAUGACCAUUUAUUCGCUCAACUAUGCGAUAACAUUCUUCAUUCGAAUCUCAACGACGCUGAACGCGAAGCAUGGAGCCUAGAGAGGAAUACUUGGACGCUUAUACACGCAAUCUACGAAGAUCGUUUGGCUGGUUUGGAUGAUGGAUUCUCAGCAAAUGAGAUCUUACAAUCAAAUAUUUACACUCCACCACUCACCCUCACUCAACCACUCAUUUCUCAAUCCAACGAACUUCUGGAACUUAAUACUAUCAGACAAUGGCUCCAUAGCAUCCCCACUCCUUUAUACCCCGUCGAAAUCCGCAAAGGCUACCACACUUACACUAAAAACAAGCUCAAGCAGGCAAAGAGACAGGGAAGUACUCCCCCUUCUCUUGUCACUUCCAUUGAUCCUGACGCUCCCCUUCGUCAACGCAAGCAACUCGACGUGGAGGAUUCUCAGUAUGAUAAACCUCUCACGCGCACUCUCUUCGAAUACAUCCGUUUGGGCAGAAUGGACUUGGCGUUGGAUGCUUGUCGCUCAUCCGAUCAGCCCUGGCGUGCUGCUAGUUUGCGUGGUGGUCAGUUGUGGGAUGAUCCUUCGCUAGCUUCUCCCGAAAUUGCUCUCAAUAAUGGUAUAUCCGGCAACAAGCAGCGUAAACUUUGGAAACAAAUUGCUUCACAACUGAGCGAGAACCCUGACUUUGACCCAUACGAGAGGGCUCUGUAUGGUUGUCUGUCGGGUACUCUCUCUUCAGUCAUACCCGUGUGCAGCACUUGGGAGGAUCACCUUUGGGCACGCGUAAAUGCCUUGAUGGAGAGAAAAAUUGAUGAAUCACUUAGAAAUACUGGUGGAUAUUGGUAUGAAUCUAUAGACAAUACCAACGCUCCCGAAAGCGAACCAGUCGCCGAAAACUUGGAAGCAAUCUUUGAAGAAAUACUCAAGCUGGGCGGUAACGUCGGCAACUCAGCCCAUAAUCCUUUCAGAAUCACUCAAACAAAUGUCAUGCUUGAGAGAACAAAUCAUUUGCUGACCAACUUUGCUUCUCAAAUCCCCCAAACAGCUCAGAUGGUAUCUCCUGAUGCUUUCGCACAUUUGAUUAGAUUCUUUGCCCACCUUGUUCUCUUUCUUCGUGCAAUCGACGACGAAAAUCCAACAGAGGAUGUACCCAACGGACCCGCUGAGAUUAUAUUAGAAGUCUACGUGCGCACUCUUGAGCAACGUAACGAAGCGAAGGAGCUGGUAGGAAUGUAUGCAGGCUGUCUUGGUGAAGGUGCUGGUGGGGAGUCGUUUGCCCACUAUCUCCAUUCACUUGACAUAACCACACCAAUUGAUGUCAGGAAAGCCGCUCUGAUGCAAACGCGUGAGCAUGGAUUGGAUUUGGAGGGUGUUGCAUGCAGAACUGUUGAGCUGACACUUAUCGACACAUUUACUAGAUUACCGGAAGUACCCACAAUAGCACCAGAUAUUACAACAUUCGCAAAUACCAGUAAUUUGUCGUACAAAAAUCUCUCUCUGCUUAGAUCCAUAGAGUGGCUCAUCUUUGCAAAAGAAACUUACAGAUUCGCAUUGGUACAGAGUAAUGGGCUGAUGAGGUACUUUUUGGCAAGUGGUAAUGUUUCUGCUGCUUACAAGCUUCUCGACUCGCUACCAGCUGAUCUAAUGGCGCAUCAACCAAACAGCAACAUGGAAGAGGAAGACGUCAUUAGUAUCGACGAUCAAAUUGUCGAAUAUAGUGGAUAUAAACAGCUAUUUGAGCUGCUUGAUAAUCACACCAAACUCGUUGAGCUGUGGACGGCCCAACCUGAUACUAACAAAGUUGCUAAAUUGGAUUACAAAGCUUGGUCAGAUCAGGUGGAGACACUUACUCACAUUGUCAAGGAGAAGUCAAUGGAGAUUUUCACUACUGAGUGGAUGAGGCUUGGAGAAGACGCUCACGAGAAGCGGGUGAUGGAGUUGGAGAGAAUAAGAGAGAUAUACAUACCGGAGCUGGUACAUAGAUUGCAUACAUCCCUUUACGAAGCCAAGUCUAUCAACAUUGGAUAUAUUGACCAAGCACUCAACCUUGCUAACACCGUGGCUGAUGAGCGCUACCGCAUCUACCUCGAGUUCGUAAGACGGUCAACAUCACUGAUAAAGAAGGGCGUCGCCGGUUCGAACACCCUGGCAAGCUAUCUCGAGCUAGUAAAAAGAGCGGCUUUGUCAAAACUCCACUAUGAAGAAGUCCAAGGUAUACAAACAGACGUAUUUAAACAAGUCUGA